AUGCAAAGAAAAAAUCUAGAACCAAAAGAAGAAUGGAUGACAUGUCCUAAAAUUGAAAUAGAAUUCCCAGGACUAGCAUAUCUUUGUGAUUUAAAUAAACUGAUCGUGGCCAAAAGAUCUGAUGCUUUACAUGAUCUAUUUGGCGACAUACAUGGAGGUUACACAAUUUACAAUGGAGAAGGACAAAAGGUGUUUCUAGCUGUAGAAAAAAAGGUACAAAAGAAAAUUGAAAUAAAAAUAUACAAUUUUUACGGCAACGAAGUAAUAAAUUUGGAAAAGCCCCGCGAAUAUUGCAUUAACCGGUUUCUUAUAUGUGCCCCACCUGGCCACUUUAUUGGGAGCGUGCGAAAAAUUAAAUGUUUGAGGAAAUUUUAUAUUAAAAACGGACGAGAAGAAAUAAUCCUGACAAUGAAACCAAGAGGUAUAUUUUGUAUAUAUGACAUAUUCCGUGAGGAUGAAAAGAUUGGAAACGUCAUUAAAAAGAAAGGCGCAAGACACGCUGAAAAUAAUGACAUCAAUAUUGUAUUUCCCAUGGAAAUGAGCGUUGAACAUAAAUCAAUUUUGUUGGGUGCCUGUUUUCUUACUCGUUAUUAA